ACGAAUCUCAAACAAUCAGAUGUGAGCAAAACAAAGGCUUCAUCACCACCCCUAGCACGCAAAAAGUUCCCACUCAAUUCUGAAUAGAAAUGUAAGAGUAACUAAUGACCCCACAGCGACAGCACUGGAUCAGCUGUGUAUCUAAAUGAUUAGCACUGGAGUAGACGAUAGUACGCGCAUGCCCUCUCCGAUUUAUUUUCUUUUUCAGCCUGAUUUUCGACCCCGAACGCGGAAGUAGGUGGACAUGACGCACACUAUAAGAAGGGGACUGUGAAAUAAAAACAAAAACAUCGCUUGUGCAGACGGGGUAAAGCGAGAUUUGGAUCAGUGCUUCUUUCCAUCAUGCCGGUGCUGGUGGACAGGCUUCAGCUUCAGAGAGUGUGAGCUCCACUGAACUGCGGGGAUGAACAUGCCAUUGCACCAAAUCUCUGUCAUCCCUCGUGAUGUCACUUCCUCCCGGGUGUCCAGCAGCGGGAAGGCAAAGGAAAAGGACAAACAGAAUGAGAAACCGCUUGGUCAUUCUGCAAGCAGGUCCAGCAACAUUUCAAAGGCUGGAAGUCCGACCUCUGUGAACGCACCCUGCAGCUUUCCCAGGACUUCAGUGACACCCUCGAACCAGGAUAUAUGCAGUUCUAAUGACCUCGCUCAGGACCAGAAGCCUUUACAGGCCACUGUAGUGCUGUUGAACUCUAAUGGUAAAAGCUCAGCAUCUCAGGGUGUCACCAUGACCAUGCUCUGCCUGGACUCCCCCAACAAACCCAAAAAUAGGACCUUGUUUGGCACAGAAUGGCUCUCCCUACUCAAACCAUCAGUCAACUUGAAACCAGAAGGAGGCAGUCUCAAGUUCUCAAAGUCUCUAAAUGACGUGGGACAAAAGAUGGACAGCCUAUGCAACAGUCUUCACUUUAUAGACCGCACGUGUUCGGAUGGGGAGCUGGGAGUGGAGAAGGAACAACUCGUGCAAGACGGCCACAUCAAAGCCCUCAAUGGUCAAGCCAACUCUCCUCCUCCGUUUGCUUCUCAGCCUCCAUCCUUCCUCAACAACUAUAAAUACAUCUCCAACCCAGGGCCUGAGCACUGCCUGGCUCCCCCUGCUCCUCCCCAUUCAGACCUUCAAAGAAGCUCCAACUUCCUGCGGUUCAUCAUCCCGUUCACCCGGUCGUCCACCGCAGGAAGCCUGCAGGCAUCUGAGAUGGGAAGCUACGCUUCAAGGCUGCACAUCGGCAAGUCAUCCAGCGCCAUGCUGGACGUCAGCGAGUCCUGCUGUAUGGAAGAGAUGGGAGACGACGAGGUGUUCGAGGAGAACUCGUCCCGCUGGAAGCUGAAGACUGAGGGCUUGUGGGCUCCUCUUUGCUCCCUUGAGGAGGACAGCGACCUGGAUCAAUGCUGCUCUUCGCUGUCUGAGAAAAAUGGGCCGCUGUCGCCCUACUCCCUCUCGGGGGACUGCUGCAGGAUUUGUCACUGUGAGGGGGAUGAUGAGAGUCCGCUGAUAACACCCUGUCACUGCACUGGGAGUUUGCGGUUUGUCCAUCAGGCCUGCCUGCAGCAGUGGAUCAAGAGCUCAGACACACGCUGCUGCGAGCUCUGCAAGUACAACUUAAUCAUGGAGACCAAGCUCAAACCACUCCGUAAGUGGGAGAAGCUUCAGAUGACCGCCAGUGAGAGGAGGAAGAUCAUGUGCUCAGUCACUUUUCACGUCAUCGCCAUCACAUGUGUCGUCUGGUCGCUCUACGUCCUCAUUGACCGCACAGCAGAGGAGAUCAAACAAGCGGGGAGAAUACCAGGUGGACUAAAGCUGCACCCCGGCCUGACUUACGGAGCCUCCGAAAGCAGGAUACUGGAAUGGCCUUUUUGGACCAAACUGGUGGUGGUGGCUAUAGGCUUCACUGGCGGACUGGUGUUCAUGUACGUGCAAUGCAAGGUCUACAUCCAGUUGUGGAAGAGACUCAAGGCCUACAACAGAGUAAUAUAUGUGCAGAACCGCCCAGAGACCUGUAAAAAGAAUGUUUUUGAUAAGCCCUCUCUUCUGGAGCCCAACUUGGAGAAUAAAGAGGCGCUCGGGCCGGCGCAGUCGGACACAAACUCUUCCCAGUAUACAGAGACAGAGGACUACAGUAUGGAGAUCCUGCACGUCUGAUCGCUUGGCCCACAUAUACCCCCUCCUCCCCUCUAGAGGACCGGCUGGGGCGUCGCAUGCUCCGGGACACACGGGGAUGCCACACAGCACCGGGCACGAGGACUGUCUGAGACUGAGACUCGUUUUGUUGUUUAGAUGUUAUUUUCUCUUCGUUCGUUUGUCCAACCUGUUCCUGUAAGUUGUUGGCUAACCAUAAUGAAUCAGUGUGCGCUAGAUCUCGGAUCAUUCCAACUACUGCCAUUGUACUGCUGUCGUCGUACACGAGUUGAAAUCCACCGUUCGAGCUGUGUAUGUGCGCUGGUUCUGCAAUGCAUAGAAGCACUUUUUAUUUCCCUGUUCUUAAGAGCCCUGUUUUAAUAAUAUAUUCAUUCCCUUUCUACGUGGAUAAGACAUUAAAACAAACUUGAAGUUUUGCCAGCGAGAUCUCACGUUUUAUAGGUGCAUUUGUGUCUCCGCAGACCCCUCAGAUGGAACAAAAAAGGAAUCCGAAGGAGCAGUAAGGGAACAUUCAUGUACUGUUAUGUAUCAUUCCACUUAUUUUCGAAAUCUAUUAUGACUGAGUAAAUUCUGAAUUUCGUCAUUGUGAAACUGACACAACCUAGGCUUUGUUUUGUAUCAGCUGAUUACUAAAUCUGGAUCAUCUAAUUACAAUAUUUAUCCUAUCAAGGGCUAGAUUUACUAAAGUGCGACGCUACAGUUCUUGGCACGUGCAAAAAUUAUCCCAUACGGUGACUAGUCGCCGGCUAUGCUGCUGAUUUUUGCAUUUGCUGAAGACUUCACUGGGCUAGUGAAAGACUUUAGUAAAUCAGGCCUUAAAGUGUAUGUUGCGAAUGUAAAGAAUUCAAAUUUCUCCCUGAAGGAAAUUAACUUCAGUGUAGCAUCGUGCAAGCUUUGCAAUGAAUCAGUCAUGAAUUCUGUGUGUGAAAGAGAUUUACCUUCAUUAUGAAUUUUACCUUUUACCAUUCUAAAUCCAAGAUUUUUUUCUGUUCUUUUAUAAAAUGGAUUAUUAAAGAUCUGCCAUUG